AAUGCCUAAAUCAAAGGAACUUGUUUCUUCAAGCUCUUCUGGCAGCGAUUCUGACAGUGAAGUUGACAAAAAGUUAAAGAGGAAAAAGCAAGUUGCUUCAGAAAAGCCUGUAAAGAAGCAAAAGACUGGUGAGACUUCAAGAGCCCUGUCGUCUGCUAAACAGAGCAGCAGCAGCAGGGAUGACAACAUGUUCCAGAUUGGGAAAAUGAGGUACGUCAGCGUACGGGACUUUAAAGGAAAAGUCCUAAUUGAUAUUAGAGAAUAUUGGAUGGAUCAAGAAGGUGAAAUGAAACCAGGAAGAAAAGGUAUUUCCUUAAACCCUGAGCAAUGGAGCCAGCUGAAGGAACAGAUUUCUGACAUUGACGAUGCAGUGAGAAAACUGUAAAAUCUGAGCCAUAUAAACCUGUACUGUCCUAGUUGUUUUAACCUGUCUUUUUACAUUGGCUUUGUUUUUUAAAUGUUGUUUUCCAGGCUGUUGUAUAUUUGGAUUGCAGAACAAUUUGUAAGAAUACUUUUUUUUUUUUUUUUAUGUUUUUAAA